UUAAAUGGGAAUACCCUCUGCGUGCUGCUGUGGGAGUCUCCUUUAAAAAAAAUCUUGUCGUGUCACUGGGAUGCAGUCGCCGGAGCCGGGCACCAAGUCUACCAUCUCGCUCAUAUGACCACCGCCGAGAGGGACCACUCACCGUUUCCUCCGUACACCAAAGAUGACAGCUCCACCAAACCUAACCCAUGCAGCACCACAGCAUCAGCGCUUUUUGGUGUUGUUCGACUUUGAUGAAACCAUCAUCAAUGAGAACAGUGAUGAUGCUGUGGUGCGUGCUCUACCAGGGCAACAGCUUCCUGAAUGGCUGAGAAACAGCUACAGGGAGGGGCACUACAACGAGUACAUGCAGAAGGUCUUGGUUUAUAUGGCGGAGCAGGGCGUGUCUGAGGACUCCAUCCAUUCAGCGGUGGAGAAGAUCCCACCCACACCUGGCCUCCUGUACCUCUUUCAGUAUCUGCAGAGCCACGAGCAGGACUUUGAGCUGGCGGUGGUCUCCGACGCCAACAUGUACGUCAUCGAGACGUGGCUGGAGCGUGCUGGGGUGCGUCACCUUUUCCGGAAGAUUUUCACAAACCCGGCAAGUUUUGAUGUGACUGGCCGUCUUGUGCUGCUCCCUUUCCACUCCCACUCGUGCUGCCGUUGUCCUGACAACCUAUGCAAGCAGGUGAUCCUUCGGGAAUAUCUGGUGGGCCGACAAAAGGAGCGUGGUGGUGCUCCCUUCCAGAGGGUAUUCUAUAUCGGAGAUGGGGCCAAUGAUAUUUGUCCCUCUCUGGCUCUGGGGCCCCGGGACACAGCCUUCCCCAGGAGGGACUUUCCCAUGCACAGGCUGCUGCUGGAGAUGCAGCAAUCCCAGGCAGCCAUGUUCAAGGCAAACAUAGUUCCUUGGGUCAGCGGCGAGGACAUAGUGGACUGCCUGAAGAAAAUUAUGGAGGAGAGAUGAAAUGUGUGUGUGUGUGUGUGUGUGUGUGUGUGUGUGUGUGUGUGUGUGUGUGUGUGUGUGUGUGUGAGAGAGUGUGAGUAAGUGAAAGAGACAGUGAAUAAGGGGGACAAAGGAGCACCAACCCCAAUCCAGCAGGAUAUGCAUGAUUCUACUCCAGCCACACUUGGUACCUGUAAAGAUGUCGCCAAAUAGUGUGCAUCUAUUCGAAUCGCCUUCUUGGCCAGGAGCAGUUGCCAGGCAACUAGUUGAGACUCAAGAAGUCACUGCAACUGUCCAAAAAAAGGUCCACCACAUAACCCCUCAUAAAACAGUUAAUUGUAAUUUUUACACUUUUUAUAUGGAUUAAACAAAUGACAGAUAACAUGGUAAUGUGAGUUUGUUUUAUAGGCACACAAAGGCAGACUUUUACGUUUGGAUAGAGCCAGGCUUGCUGAUUCUCCUUGUUCUUCAUGCUAAGAUAUCAGCAUGCAGCAUAUUUACUGUAUUGUACAGACGAGAGAGUGUAAUCGGUCUUCUCAUCUAACUCGCCGCAAAAAGGAAUAAGCGCAAUUCCCAAAAUGUCGAACUGUUCCUUUAGUGCUAGCCUGGUAUAAAAGCAUAUUGCCAUCUUAAUUAAUAGGUUUAUGGACACACGUGCAGGAUCAAGUGUUGUACGGUAGCAUUACCUGGGACAAAAGACCACACAUGUCGUGUCAGGCAGGGACAAGGGCGACAUAGAACAGGGAUAAGGUGACAAAGACUCUUGCACAGUAACUGUGCUCUCCCCACCACUCAUUACUGAUACCUAAUCUAGGGCUUGAUUAUACAACGGUAAUCUACACCAGCAUGAGAUCCAAAGGGAACGUUGUAGCCAUACACCUGCACUUUGGCCCAACAUUACACACUGUCUCUGAAACAAUGAAAAAAAAGUGUGAUGCAAAGUACCAAUUGUAUUUGUGUAAUUAUUAGCUAGCACUUACUAUACUUGUACCCUAUUAGAACUCCCAGUAAAUAUUACUAUUGAUAAAAGGCUGUUUAGGUUGAGGAGGAUUUAUAGUCUCUAAAAAGUCUUCUUUAUGUUUGAAUGUAUUACCAAUAAAUCACAGUGUUGUGACUGUGAGUGAGUGAUGAUGAGCCACUUAUACUAGUAUAUAGUGCAUACCUAACUCAACAUGUAACCUCAUUCUGCGUAAAUGACUGAAUCCAUGACAGGGACUGGAAAAUAUAUUUUAAAACAUCAAUAAGGAAGAGCAUUUGUAUUCAUUGAGAUGGUUUACAGCUACAUUUAUGUUUGUUUAUAUUCAGGAAAUUGUGAAGUAUUAUGUUUUUUUGUCCAUCCUGUUUUUAAAUUCAGAUUCUAAUGGGGCAUGUAUACUGUGCAUUUGUUGAUUUUUGCAGCCUGUUUAAGGUUUCCAUGUUAGUAGAUACAUAAGUAAACACUGACUGUCUGGUAACUUUAAGCCAGAGGUAGUAUAAAUAAUUGAGUGUAUAUUUGGAUUCAUAUUUUUUUUUUUUAUCCAUAUACUGAACAUCUUUGCCAUUACAGUAAGAAUGUUUGGGUGCUAAAGCAUUAAAACAGAUAAUAAGCUUGUUAAUUGAUGAAAUAAUUCUAGCCUUAAAGGGGCUGUAGUCGAUAUUCUGAAAAAAGUGGUUUGGGAUUGCCUCCACAUGGCUCUCACAGACUGAUCCACAACUCUUCAACACACAAGGCACUCACAUGCAAGAAGAACAGAGAAGCUCUGAUUACAACACACACAGAGGGACUUCAUAUACAGUAUUUUUACAUAGCAAAUAGUUGUUUACUGCUAUAUUAAUGUUCUGAAUAUCGAGUACAGCCCCUUUAAAAAACAUCAUUAUGCUGUAUAAGAGCUGGACAUUUCCUUUCAAGUGUUUUAGUUUCUCAGGGAGUAGAGAAGAAAGUGUUAACAAGCAAACAUAAUAUAUGUUUAUAAAAAUAUUUUUAUUUGCUGCUCUAAGAACAAAUGUUCGUAGUAUAUAUGUUUAUGAGAAGUAAUCAAGGUAGCUGGAGUGUGAAAGACUUUGAGAUCAAAACCUAAUCCAUUAAUGCUUUCUGAUUAGGAGACUCCUUCUGAUGCUAUGAUAAUAAAAUGUAACAGGGGGUAUUUUAAUUUACUUUAACUGUCUAUGUACCUGUAAAACUUCCAUGGAGUUUUGUGCAAUAAUUAAACGCUGUAUACUUGAUAUGAUGUAAAAGAGAUUUAAAGGUGCACUAUGAGUUCCUGCAUGACGUCACUUCUGUUGACGUUCCAAGUAAAUACCAAACAGAACAGAGCAAGCUCGCCCCCCCCCCCCAUGUUUCCGUAACUGU